UCAGAUCGUCGGACAAGUGUGUUUUUUCGUCCAAACCGGCCACACCAAUGGCGGCGGUGAUUCCUGCUGCAAGUGGAGCGGGGCAGGGCACGCUCCGCGGUACAGAAAACCCGCGUGAUUCUCGUAUUGAUUAAAGAGCACGGGUGCAUUGGGACAGCCGACCUCGCUUGCACUUACUUAUCAGAUCAUCCCGCAUCUGAUAAAGCCGCCUGCCUUCCUUUUACCCUUGGCUCCGAGGCUCGAAACCCCAAGAACGAGUCUGAAAACUUCAAUCGCUUGCUCCGUGAGCGCUCGUCACAAUGGUGAACGUUUUCGCUGUCCCAGUGUUCUUCAUCUGCUUCCGCGAAACCCUUGAGUGCAGUAUCAUCGUCUCUGUCCUCCUUGCGUUCCUCAAGCAGACUCUGGGUCCUGACCAUGAUGCUCAAAUACGCAAGAAGCUCGUUCGUCAGAUCUGGUGGGGCAUCGGUCUUGGUGUCUUUGUCUGUCUCGUCAUAGCCGCAGGCAUCAUUGGCACGUUCUACACUGUCGGCCGCAAUGCAUUUGAUUCGGCAGAAUACAUAUACGAAGGUGUAUUCUCGUUGGUUGCCGCAGUCAUCAUCACGCUAAUGGGCGCUGCGCUCCUGCGUGUGAGCAAAUUGCAGGACAAGUGGAGGGUCAAGAUCGCAAAAGUUCUGGAGCAGAAAGACAGCAUUGGGUUUGGAAAAGGACAGAUGAAACAGUGGUCCGAGAAAUAUGCCAUGUUCCUCCUACCGUUCGUCACUGUCUUGCGCGAGGGCAUCGAAGCCGUGCUAUUCAUCUCAGGCGUCGGCCUCAGUCUACCUGCUACAUCCUUCCCGCUAGCUGUGAUCUGUGGUCUCGGAGCUGGCAUCCUGAUCGGCUACCUCAUAUAUCUGGGCGGCCACAGGACCUCUCUGCAGAUCUUCCUCGUAGCGUCGACAUGCUUUCUAUACCUCGUAGCCGCGGGGCUCUUCUCUAAGGGUGUCUGGGACCUCGAGAUGAAUGCAUGGGUGAAGCUCGCAGGCUCAGGUGCAGCGGAAGCAGGUGCUGGUCCCGGCAGCUACGAUAUUCGCCAAAGUGUGUGGCAUGUCAAUUGUUGCACGCCUAUUUCAAAUGGUGAUGGCGGCUGGGGUAUCUUUAACUCGCUGUUCGGGUGGCAGAACAGCGCGACGUACGGCUCGGUCAUCUCGUAUAACCUGUACUGGCUUGUUGUGAUCAUUGGCUUCCUGGUCCUGGGGUUCAAGGAGAAGAACGACCGCUAUCCGUUUCAGAAAGCCAAGCCUGUGGCUACCAGAGAUGACGAGAGCGAGAGCAGCGGUGGUGUAGUGGAGAAGAAUGGAGCGGUUGGAGCUCCUCGUGCGGCAGUUCGAGAGAUGGAGACGUAAUUGCAUUCGACUCGCUCAUGGGGCUCAAUACUUCAUGUGGAAGAUGUCCUGUAAAAUGAAACCGGUAUCCCAAUCGAUGAUGCCGUUCCAAUUCUCUGGAGGUCGUUGAAGCGUAAACGUCUGCGUGAAGUGGGCGAGUUUUAAGUUUGUGUCCCACAACUCCCCCGUUACCGACAGCAAGAUGGUAUCAUUUACGUUGAUAUUGAAAGGUGAAUCUCUGCUCGCCAGGAAGUCGAUGCUCAGGGUUCUGACGCCCACACCCAAGAAAGGAUGGGGAUAUUGGAAGUAAUACGCAAUUGCCUAAAGGACAGCGUCAACGGCUAGACAGUCUUGAUCCCAGCGAAAGGCUGUACCUGUCGUCCCGACCGAAAUUCUGCUGGUUCAGCUCCAACAUGGUAGCGGAUCUGCGAUUGGUACAUAUGAUACAGUUCCUGAUUAAAAAAGGG